AUGGCCUACUCACGAAGACAGAAUGUGAUAAGAUGAAUGAUCCAUCCUGAAAACAUCAAAAUAAAAGACCCAAUGAGAGCGAGAUAUUCAGACCAAUACAGUCUGCCAAUCACUGGUACUCGCGCCAUGGCGAGGGUUUCGAGAAGUAGGCGUCGCGCACUCUUUUAGCCAAACUAGACGAGAUUCGCAGAGCAAUUAAUAUAGUCAAUCACCAUAAUGCGACCAAGCAAAACAAGGACAGCGAAGUUGAAGCUUGACCGCAGGCAUUUUCCAUGAUGUAACUGGGUAACAGUCUUUGUCCCAUGUGAUUUAUGAUUAUCUAAUCCGGGGAAAGGCACAUUUUGCCGCAGAACCAAUGAUUAUGUUUCCGUUUGGGAGAAACACCGCUAUCCAAGAACAAGUCAGCACUAUACCAACACAAUGCCCAGUUCCUGCAGAGAUAUCAGAGACGCCCUGGCGCAAUGCCUCCAAGAAUCCGAUUGCAUCAUGGUCCAGCGCCAUAGUCCGAGAGAAUGUCUGAGUUCGCCAUUGGCCGAAGAAUUGCCCACGAAAUGUCAACAGUUGCGGAAAGGUUUCAGCGAGUGCAAACGUGGGAUGAUCGAUAUGCGCAAACGAUUCCGUGGAAACCAACCGAUCGCCCUGUCAAAAGAAAUCGAAGGCGGGAAAUCCAACAAGCCCCAGCAGAUGUACGCCGGUAAGCCGGCGUUCGAGACGGUCAAAGAAAUCAGCGGGGAUGAAGUCCAGAUGGAUCCGGAGAAGACGAGGGGUUUAUAAGCGAGGGGAUUCGAUUUCCGACAGUGGUUUUUCUUUUUUCUUCUUUUUUUUGUUGCACUUGAUAUAUCUUGUGUUUUCUGGCAUGGGUUGGAGUUUUCACUGGGAUAGUUGACGGUAUUAUAGAGAUGCGUGUACGAUAUCAGGGUUUUAUUACGCAGGGAUUGUACAUAACAAAUAUAUUCCCCUCAGGUGCUCUACUUACAUACGGUUUCCCCGAAAAGGACCAAAGACUUGAUAUAUGAUACCAGCUCGUUCGCUUUGGCACAAGAUUUUCAUUUUAAACAUGUACUUUAUACUGGAUGUUACAUAGCUUACUGCGUCUUCUUGUUCUUAGCCGCAGCAGGAGAUGGCUCAGAGUAGAGCCAUACAACAACAAA